UUUUUUUUAUUUUAUAUGAUUGCGAGAGCCGUGUUUUGUUAAGGGAUAAAAAAUAAAAACAACACAUCAGCACCUGUGCCGUUAAUUUGCUAAUAAGCUAAGUAGCUAGGUUGUUUUGUACCGCACCGUUCGACAGGCGUUAUUUUUGCUCCUACCUGUUUUCGGGCAAACCCUACUUCCGGCACCGGGAUUGGCGGUCGCCAAGCAACCACGCUGAGCGGCGCUCGGCGAUCGCGGUUAAAGAAGAUGCCGGUGGGAAUCUCAGCACUCUGGCGUUCAUCAUGGGCCCCGACGUGCCGCUGCUCAACGACUACAAGCAGGAGUUCUUCUGGAAGCGUUUCCCUCAGACGGUGCUGGGCGGCCCGCGACUCAAACUGGGCUACUGCGCCCCGCCGUACGUCUACAUCCACCAGGUGGCGCUGUUCUUCACGCCGUGGCUCCUUGGCGGCGUGGGCACUCUGCUCUUCCAGCUCAGGGUGAUGGAUGACUCCAGCGCCGGGAUCUUAUCCGGGGCGCUCAUGCUGGCGUUCGGCGCCGCGCUGCAGACCCUGUCCCAGUGGGUGGCGCGGAGAACCGGCGCCAUCCAGAGGCUGGCGGUGGGGCACAACGUCAUGGCGGACGAGGAGGAAGUGGAGUUCACGCAGUGCGCGGGACCCGAGACGGUGCGCUUCGUGGCCCCGGGUAAGCGCUUCAUGGCUAACGUGGUUCUGCACACGGCGCUGGCCGGGGCGAUGUGCGGCUUCGGGACGUGGUACCUCCUGCCCGAUCGUCUGAGCGCCAUUUUCGGGCACGUCGGCGCCGUGGUCCCGGUGUUCGCACUCAGCUGGGUCACGCUGUGCAUCGCGGAGUACUCGCUGAUCGUCAACACGGCGGCGGAAACGGCCACCUUUCAGCCGCAGGACACCUACGAGAUCACGGCGCUCACCAGGCCGCUGUACAUCUUCGGCUUCGUCGCCGUGGAUCUGGCGCUCAGGUGUGUAGGAGGGGGCGUGGCCGAGCUGCAGGUGGCCAGUCAGGUGAUGCACGUGCUGUUCUUGGUGCUGCCUGUGCUGUGGGCGCUGGGAAUGCUGCCUCCUCUCGACGCUCUCGUCUUAUGGAUCAUGGAGCAGAGCCUCAUACACACACUGGGAGGAUCAGCUAUGGCCACCAACCGCAGGUUGGUGUUGAUGUUCCUGUCCUCUGUGUGCAUCUCCAUCUCCACCUUCUUCAUCCCCUCGUCGCUGGGCGUGGUCCUCUUCACCGUGGCGACGGGCUUCGUCCUGAGUCAGGACCUGACGCAGCUCGCCGUGCUGUUACGGUGCAGGAAACGCGACACACACCCUCACACACGCACACACUCUCGCUCACUCAGCCUGGGCUGGUGGAGUCUCCCGCUCUCCGCCCUCGUCCUCACGGCGGCCGUGACCGAAGCGGCUCUUCUGCACCGCCUCUGUCCCGCCGCGGGGCGGAACGUCACAGACGUCCGGGGGUCAUGUGACACGGCGCCGGACCCUCAGGCUCUGAUCGGCUGGAUCCUCAUCGCGCUCUGUGUUAUCACUCGUGUGUUACGGGAGGUUCAGGGUGCGUGUGUGUUGGCGGGACUCGUCCUCAAUCCCCUCUACCCCAAACGCAUCAGCAGCGUCCAGGCCUUCAUGAGCAGCAGCAAAGGAUUGUGGGUCGCCGCACUCGUCCGCAGAGUGCUUAUUAACCUGGUGUGCCCGUUAGCCAUGGUUGGGUUUUUAGCCACGGACGCUUCCCUGUACAAGUUACACAGCGCGGCGUCGGCCGUCGGCUUCACGCGAGCCUUCAGAGUGGUGUGGCAGAGCAGUGAGGAGGCUCUCCUGCAGAUGGUGGUGGUGGUGAUGGUGAGACUGGCUGACAGAGGAGGAGUGGCGCACCAGUGGCACGACCUGGGCACCGGAGUGCAGCUCAUAGUGGUGUCUCUGGUCUCUGAUCGUCUCUCUCAGUUCCUGCUGAAGCUGAAGUUCGCUCUCACCGUGUUAAUCACGUCGUGGACGGAGACAAAGCAGCGGCGUCAGUCGGCCGGCGCUCUGUUGGCGCUGAACGUGGCGCUGUGCCCGCUGCUGGUUGCCGUGGUGAUGCUGUCGGCGCUGCUCUCCGCUCCUCUGCUGCCGCUCUUCACGCUGCCCGUGUUCCUGGUGGGCUUCCCCAGGCCCGUGCGCUCGUGGCCCGGAACACCGGGCACCGCCUGCCCCUGCCCCGACUCCAUCUACUACCAGCAGCUCAGCACCAGGCUAGCCUCAGCGCUAACGCUCGCAUUCGCUAACGGAGUGCUGGGUGCUUACUCUCCCGGUUCUCACUUCCUGGGCCGGUUCCAGGAUCGAGUGGUGUGGAUCAGCGUUCUGGAGAAAGGCUACGGUUACUGUACGGUCAACAUCAAGGGUUUGGAGCUGCAGGAGACGUCGUGCCACACGGUGGAAGCCCGGCGAGUCGACGAGGUUUUCGAGGCGGCGUUCGAUCGUCUGGAGCGUCCCGGACGUUUCCUGCGCUUCCUGAACCCUCACUGGGGAAACACGCUCACGCCCUGCGCCCUCCUGCCCGUCACCGUCUACUCCGACGCCCGCAACGUCCUGACCGGCAUCAUCGACUCGCCCGACCACCUCCGCCAGCUCCGCUCCGACUUCCUGAAGACGCUGGUGUGGAUCCUGCUGCAUCACACCGUCCAGAACAGGACCUACAGAGUCAAAUCCCACUCGCUGCGGAGCUCCCAGCAUGCCGUGCAGCCCGAGCCCACCUCACACGACGCCAAACUGGGCGUGGUCUCGCAGAGCCACUUCGAUUCCUCCUCUUCUCCUCAGCUGAGGGGGCGGAGCAGCUUGUCCUCCUUGUCGGAUUGGUCGGACGAGGACGAUCUGUUCGGGCCGGUCCCGGUUCGGAAGCCGGUGAGGAGGAUGAUGAUGAUGCGAGCGGAGGAAGAACACACGUCUCUUCCGGGUUCCGUAGAAAUUCACAGCCUGUACGAAAACAUGGCGCUCGCAUCUUUACCGACACUGCGGCCUCUCGGACUCGGGGUGAGCCUCGAUAAAGAAAAAGACGACGCCUUGCCCGUUAGCUCCGCCCCCUGUGCAACCUUCGAACACAACAACCCUCCAAACUUCUCCUCACAGCAUUCUGAAACCCUCUCACUUCCUACGUCCUGGUUCUCCGCCCCUUUUACCGCCUCCAAGCUCCGCCCCCUCAGGCCCUCCUUCCCAGACGAGUGGUUUCGUUUUUGCCUGGCACAGCUGGUGAUAGAGGGAUUGUGGGACGGGGAGGACGAGCAGAGCGUGUGUCGGGCGUUACAGGAGGACCGCGCGCUGAUGGAGAUGUACAGCCAGGUGGCGCUGUCCUGCGCGCUGGCGUUAGGCAUGGACCUUUCAGUGCCGAGCGCCAGUUUCGUUUUUAGGGUUUACUGCGGAGACGCAGCGUGGCACGAAGGACUAGACUGGCUCCGAGAAAAUACCGAGCUGCAUCAGCUCACCCUCAGGGCUUUUAGGUACAGUGUGAAGCUGCUGAUAGAUCAGGCGUCUCUGGGGCCGGUGGAGAGCGAGGAGGAGCUUCACUCCACGCUACACCAUUAUCAUCAUCACUGGUUCAUCGGCAUGGCGACGGAGCGAGGCUGGCACGACGGAGUCCUACAGGAGAAACCCUUCCUGUUCUCACUCGGCCACGACAUCACCAUGGGUUCGUAUACGGGCCGUGUGCUGUCGCUGCAGGAGUGUGUGUUCCAGCUGGGGGCGCUGUGUGAGGAGUGUGUGCGCGGCCAGUGGGCCAACCUGUCCUGGGAGCUGCUCUACGCCACCAACGACGACGAGGAGCGCUACAGUAUUCAGGCUCACACGCUCCUGCUGAGGAACCUGACGGUGCAGGCUGCCGAGCCGCCGCUGGGUUACCCCAUCUACUCCUGCAGCCCCACACACCUCACCUGCUUCUGACACACACACACACACACACACACACACACACACUACACACACACAAAACACACUACACACACACACUACACACACACUAAACACACACACGCAGCAGAGUGUGUGAACAUAUCAAAAUCCAAAUUAGUGUAUGGAACAAUCAUGAUGUGAGGCACAAGGACUUCAGGACACACCUGUAACUGAUUGAUUGCACGUUUCACCCCAAACACACACACACACACACACACACACACACACACACCUCGGACAGAAGAGUAUAAGCUAACGGACUGAACUGAGAUUUUCAGACGUUGUGUGUUUGUGUGUGUAAAUGCUGGACAUUGACACGAACUGUAACUAAUGCAUGUCUCAAAACACACACACACACACACACACACACACACACACACAUACACACAGAGUUCUUAUUGUGGUUAUGACAUGCUGAAGGAGUGUUAAAGCUGUUUUAAUGCUGACCCGUCUGUUUUACACCCUUUCAGCAGGACUUUUCUACUGAGGCUACAAAAUAAAGUGAAUUGACGAGCGA